GUCGUCAUUCAUUCAUUCCCAGAGCGCGAAUCGUUGCGGCUGCGAAUGCGGGCGCAUUCUCGUAUUUUGUUUCUGUUUUUCUUCCGCCAGUUUUUUUUUUUUUAAUUAAAUAAAAUACGUCGCGUUCAAAUCGUUUUCAUUUGUUAUUAUUGUUGGUGCUUGUGCGCGUUGUUGGCCUUUGUCUGUGCGCCAUGGAAAUGCCCUGAAUGUCACACAAACAAACAUAAACACACACACACACACACACAUACACAGAGGGGCGCAAGCAAACACACAGAUACACACCAAUACAUAAACACGAAGGCUCAGCAUGUUCUGAGCUGCGUUUGUGGCUAACAAAAUGGUCAAAUCGCUGGUGUCCAAACUUCAAGCAUCCUCGAAUCUCUCGUUGGCGCAGACUUUUGGUAUUGGCAGCGGCAGCAGCGGCGCAGAGGAAACGAAUUACGCAAAACAUCGGAAUGAUCCCGGCCGUUUCUUUGGCGAUGGCGUCCAGUUCAAGGCCAAGCUGAUUGGCAUCUUGGAAGUGGGCGAGGCGCGUGGCGAUCGCAUGUGCCAGGAGGCGUUGCAGGACCUGAAAAUGGCCAUACGCGCUGCCGGCGAGCACAAGCAGCGCAUCAUCAUCCAUGUGACCAUCGAUGGUCUCAGAUUGCGCGAUGAGAAGACCAGCGAUUCGCUUUACCAUCAUCCCGUGCACAAGAUCUCGUUCAUAGCACAGGACAUGACGGAUUCGCGUGCGUUUGGCUACAUAUUUGGUUCGCCGGAUAGCGGACAUCGAUUCUUUGGCAUCAAGACGGACAAGGCGGCCAGCCAGGUGGUGCUGGCCAUGCGCGAUCUCUUCCAGGUCGUCUUCGAGCUGAAAAAGAAAGAGAUCGAAAUGGCACGCCAGCAGAUCCAGGGCAAGACCAUGCACGAUCAUGCCACCCAACUGGCCUCCCUGUCCUCGCUGAAAGCGAGCCACAACGAACUCGCCUCCGGCAGCAGCUCCUCCGCCGCAGCGCAUGCAGCCAAUCUGAGCAUGCUCGGCGGGAACUCCUCGAAUGGCGUUGGCCUAACAAGGCUGGGGGUCAAUCUGGAUGUGAGCAAGAGCGGAGCAGCCAAGGAGAUCUCACCGGAAUCUGUGGCAGACCUGGUUGAUCUGGAGCAGGAGCUGACUUCGCUGCAGCGUGGCAUUAGCCAGAUGGAGCGCAUUACGCCCAAUGAGCCGGGCACAACUCAAUCCGGCCAUGGCCUGGCCAAGUCAGCCAGUGAGGAUGAUCCGUUUGGCGACUCCUUCAUCUAUGUGCCCUCGUACAACAUCUUGCCGCCGCCACCCGAGUCCGGACGCACUCGACACAAGCAGCAGCAGCAGCAGCAGCAGCAACAGCCCAACAAGACGGCAGAGAGCGCUGCUCUGGAUACGCUGCUAUCGCCAGCGCCUGGUGCGAGCGGCUCACCGGCCACGUUGCAGACGGCGGAUGAUGAUGAUAGUUGGCUGCACGAGCUGCAGCAGCAGAACGAUGUCUUCGAUACCACCAAGGUGUCCGCCACGCCUACGCCCAUGUCAGCUGCCGCCGUGCUGGGAAGCAUGCCAAUGGCGCCGUUGGCAGCCAGGGAAUCCUCAGCCACGCCCACGCAGCAGAGCAGCGACAUCUCAGCAGUGCCCGCAACGGCAGGAGGAGUAACUGCAACAGCUACGACAGCAGCAGCCAUCGAUGUGGGGCUGAGUGCGUUGAGCAGUUUAACAGAGACGGAGAGCGCAGCCAAUGGGACGACGUCGUCAGCGGCAGGAGGAGGAGGAGCGGGAGCGGGAGCUGCAGCUGCAGCGGUCAUGUCGGAUGCGUUCACAGAUCUGGAUCCGCUGGGCAUUGGGCGCACACGGCCCUAUGUCGAUAAGAAAUAUUUCUUCCAAGAGCUUAAGAAUCCGCCCAAGAAGCUGCUGAAGGAGCUUGGCUCCAGUCAGGGCGAUAACUUUGAUGAUUUUCUCAGUGGCAGGGAUAGUUCGAUCUUUGAGGAGAGCACCACAGCAACAGCUGCAACAGCAGCAGCAACAACAGCAACAAUGACAACGACAACUACUAACACAACAGCAGCAGCAACUGUUGCUGGCUCAGGUAACGCCGCCAGUUGCAGCAGCAGCACCACAACAACCACAACUAACCCACUAAUAACCACCGCAAGCCUUGGGCAACACCACCUGCUACUAACAAACAGCUCCAACAGCUUCCGUUCCCAGCCAAGUCCCACGCCCCCGCACCAAGCGCCGUCCCAGUCCCUGUCUCUGUCCCAGUCGCAUUCCCACUCCCAGACCCAGACUCCGUCUCUUUAUCUUGGCCAAGUCGAAGACUUUUCGGCUGCCAAACUAAAACUAAUGCUACGUCAGAGUGCAGCCCUGUCCAAGCCUAUUAACCAAUCCGUCAACUAUUAUACCACAGAGCCGACGAUCAGCAAUCCCCUGGAGGAGCAUCAGGAUAGCAAUCCCGUGCUGCUGCCACGCGACACCGAUCCAUUCUCACCCACGCGUAAAAAGAGCGAUCCGGAUCCCUUCCAGGAUGGCGAUCUCUUUGCCAAGCUGGACGCCUUUGAGUUCGAUGUGCCACAGCCAGCGGUCAGCACAGCAGCGCCAGCCAGUGUAUUCAAUGGUCCACUCCAGGUGCAGUUGCCGCCAGAACAGCAGCCGACGCAGUCUUCGGAGAGCUGGCAGGCGGACAUCUCCCGGCUGGAGCCUGCUCCGCUGCCCCACAGCAGCAGUGUGCGUCAUCGACCCACGCCCGCGGCCAGUGUCGUCAAUGUGGGUGGUCCUCUGGAUGUCAUCUCGAGCAUUAGCAACAAGAAGAUGCCGCAUUUAUUUGGCCAGGCGCGUUUCUCGAAGCGCGGCGACUCCGCCAGCGGCAUCGGCUCCAGCGUCAACAUGCGCCGGCUGCAGGAGAGCGACUCGCUCAGCGAGAAUGAGGCAGCGCCAGAGCCGCCGCCACGGCCGGACUCCACGCCCUAUGCUGAGCCGCCGCCGCUGCCGCCCAAGAAGCAGUUCAGCGAUCUGGUGAUCAGGCCCUCACCCGCAGCACCACCUGUCGGUCGCUACGAGUACUUGAACCAUAGCAGCAAUCAGCUGCGCCGCAGCGCCGAUGCACCGCCCAUUCCUCUGCCUUCCCGGCGCGUCGGUCGCUCUGAUGGCAACUUUCCUGGCCCGGGUCGACCACGCAAGCCAGGCCACACCGACGACGAUUAUCUGGCGCCCCUGGGCGGCACGCCCCCGCCGCUGCUGCCACCGCCCACGCAGAGCAGCAGCAGUCGGGCGAGACCACAGCGCCAGGCCUCGUUGGGCCGACCGCAGGACAUCUACGAGAACAAGGCCGAGAUCCUGCAGGCCCAGGCUGCCCAGGCACAGUCGCAGAAGGAGUCAGCAGCGGCAGCAGCACUAGCGCCAGAUAUUACGCUGGCCCAGCUGCUCUCGCUGGGCAUGGAUGAGCUGGCCGUCAAGCUGAAUGUGCCCGCCACCAAGCUGAGCACUAUGACCCUAGUGCAGCUGACCGCCUACCUGUCCGAGUUUCUGCAGGCGAGCAACGACCAAACGCAGCCCAAAUCCCGCACGAGUCCCGCCCAGGCACUGCAGUCACCGGCUACGGCCGGCUCCUCCUCCGCCGGCACGGCAGCCGUGUUCAAAGUCAACUUUGAUCAGCAGACCUCGUUUGUGGCCAAGUUCGAUGAUACCUUUGGCGAGGAUGUGGGCCAGGAUUCCUUUGUGGCCAACUUUGCUAACUUCAACGAGGCGCCUGUUUGCCCGGCCGUGCCAGCUGUGCCGGCUGUGCCACCUGCGGAUCGGUAUGCGGUCUUCCGAGAAAUCAUCGAUCAGGAGCUGCAACAGCAGCAGCAGGAGACAGAUCUCAUGGGUGACCUAACGCCGCCGCCCGUGGAUGAGACGCAGCAGGAGCAGCAGCAACAGCAGCAACAACCACAACAACAGCAGCAACAACAACAACAGCCGCUUGCCCAGCUGGACAUUGAUGUGACUGAGCUGGAAAUGGAGCCGCCCCCGCCCAAGAUAGACACCAAAAUCACUGAAGUGGUGGCCCAGGCCAAGGAUCGCUAUGCAGCGCUGCGUGACAUAAUUCUGGUGGAGAAUCUGUUUGACAAACCGCCACCAAGCGCUGCUCCAGCUGUGGCCACUGCUGAGAAGGAUCUGCUGCAGGACUUGUUCAGCGAUGAGUUCAACGAGGAUCAGGACAUACGCCAGAUCAUGGACAGCGGCCACGACAGACGUGGGCUCGUCGAUAGUCGCGGCCUGCCCGCCGAGCCGUCAUCCUCGGCGCUGACUGUGGCCGAUGAUGAUGACGACGACGAUGAGGAUGCCGGCGGUGAGAGCAGCAUGGAUAGUAACGAGAAGGAUGCAGAGCCGGUCAGUGCACAGGAUCAGUACGAGAAGCUGUCCACCAGCGCGGAGAAGCCAGAGUUCAAGUCCGAGGAGCUGCUGCCCCCUAAGCAGGACAACAAAUUCCUAGCCGUGAUCAGCGGUCCGGGCUGCGCGGGCAGAGACGACAUCGAGAUCGAUGAGCUGAUGCAGCGUGCCAUCUCCAAUCUGUCGCUCGACUCACGUGAUCGCACCUCCCCGGCCACAUCCUCGGCGGCGCCAUCUCGUGGGCCGCCCUCCCACAGUCUGCACACUCCCUCGCAGUUCAACGAUGUGAGCACCUCGCCAAUUCCCCUGCAGAAAUCGCCAGCGCCCAUAAUGAGCCAGGCGGCUGCCUCGCCAGUGCCCUCACAGCUCUCGGCGGUGUCCCAGCUAAUCGACACGGCCACCAAGCAGAUGCAGGGCGACCGGGAUCGGGACCGCGAUAAGCCCUCCUGGGCUACCUUCGAUUCACCCAAGAUGUCCGGCCCGUCCACUGGCAGUGGCAAGGGCAAGGCACGUCUAACCCUGCCACCGCCACCCGCAUCCAAUACAUCGCAACAGGACACCGCGGAGUCACCCUGCAGCUCGGAUCCGCGCGACGAUGCCGGCGGCUGGUCCAAACAGCAGCAGCAGCGUCGCUGGGCCAAAAAGGAACGCCAGCAGACGUCCUCCUCCUCGCGAGAUCUUAGUCCUUGGGAUGAUGAGACGCCCGAAUAUCUUAAACAGCAGCGUCGCAAUCUGCCACCGCCUUCGCAGCUCGCACCGCAUCCUCAUGCACAUGGCUACUACAUGCGACACGCUCGACGUCUCAACUCCUGCGACGAGGAUUACGACUACGAUGCUGAGCUCUGCGCUCGCCGCGAUCGGGAGCAUGCCCAGCGCAAGUUCAAGCAUGGACUCUCACGCAGCAGGGAUAACUUUGAAUUGGAUUCUCCCAGUUGGUAUCAUCAUCCGGCACAUCACACCUGGUCACCGCAGGAGAUGGAGCAGGGUGUGCGUGCUCGUUCCUUUGAGCGCAGCGCCUACGAGCGCUCUAGCUAUGGUCCGCCAGCGCCCUUAUAUGAUAAGCGUGGACAGCCGCUGCCUCGAGAUCGGGAACGGGAACGUUCCAAGUAUAGGGAGCGUGAGUACAGAGACUAUGCGCGGCCGGGCUACGAGUUUGAGUACGAGAACGUCUACGAUGAGCGACGAUCGCCCAUGGGAAUGGGUUAUAAAUCACGACCCGACUAUAUAUACGAGCGGGACAGCAGGGACAGAGAGCGGGAACGGGAGCGAGAGCGCAAGUCGUUCGAUCACGAGAGCGUCGAGUCAUUUGAGAGCUCGUCACGACGGCGACGCAGCUUCGGCAGUGGCGGCGAUGUCUACGGCAGCCUGGACAGCCGGGAUGAGUAUCGCGAGCGGGAUCGGGAGCUGAAGACGCGAUCGCUGCGCAAACCGGCCACGUCAUCCGCAAAGCUGCGGGUGACCGGCGACAUUGACUACGAACAGGACUCGGAGCAGGACUUCCAGAGGCAGCGCAGCCUGCAAAGACCCAGUCAAUUAGGCGCAGAAGUCGUGCCAGGUGCGCCACAGCGUCUACGCAAGAGCAGCGGCUCCAGUCCAUGGGAUGGUGAGGAGGCCGCGCCGCCUGGACAGAAAUCGUGGAAGCGACCAGCCAGCGCUGCAGAGACUGAGCGUCGUUUGGCGGAGAGUCGCCGGGCCGCAGCCUUGGGUCAAACGCCCUCCGAUGGCGAGAAGGAUCGCAGAUUCCGCAAGAAGACGCGAGCACGCAGCACCAAGGAUCUGGCCACAGUCGGCGCUCGCUAUGGCAGUGGGCGUGGCGUGCGCGAUAAUUACGACUACAUCAGUUGCCAGCGCAACGACGAUGACGACGACGACGAGGAUUAUGUGGACGACGAGCCGCCCACAGAUGAGGAUAAGUUCGAGCGCCUGAAUCGACGUCGCCACGAGAUGCACCAGCGCAUGCUGGAGAGCGAGCGCCGGCAGCAAGAGCGCCAUGCGCCCACACUGGCCAAGCUGCCUGGGCAGAACCGGCCACGUGGUGCCAACAGCGAUUAUGGCUUCGUGGACAGUUAUGAGCAAACACCCACGCCCAGAUCGAAUGCCAGCAGCACGGCGGUCAUGAUGAGUGGCGGUGAAUCCUCAGCUGGCGUCGGUAUUGGCGGCGGCGGCGGCGGCGGUGGCACAAAAUUCAAUUUCGAUGAUGGCUUUGAGUCGGAUUUCAAUCAGAGCUCGCCACCUCCAGCGCCAGCAGGCACUGCAUCCAGCUGCAACUCCACGCCAGCUGGACACAUUUCGACCAGCAGCACGGUGGGUUCCAAAUCGCUGUUCCGCUUCUCCAACGACUUCUCGGAGCGCGAGAAAUUGCAACAGCAACAGCAGCAGCAGUUGCAGCAUCGCAACGACAACUUCGAUAUGGAAGCUCCUUCCAGUCAGACGCCACCCAUAACCCAGAAGCUGCGCUUCGACGACAAUGUGAAGGUGUCGCAGUUCGAUGAUGCCGCCUUUGAGGAUGAUUUCGCCAAAGCCUCGUUCGACUUUGACAAGGAGCAGGCGUCGCCAGCAGUGCCCUCAGCCUCCAGCCGUAAGCAGAACAUGCGAAGCAGCAAGCUGCAGCAGCGCCAGGAGCUGAUCAAAAAAUCCGAAUCGGUUAAUAUAUUUGCCAAAAAGCAAGAGGAUCCCUUCGAGGACGAUGAGUUCUUUAAGUCACCCGACGAACAGCCGCUGCCCGGGCAGGAGGAGUCCACCAAUGCGGAUGCCAAUAAAUUCCAGUGGAACGAGGAAAACAAUUUCGCAAAGUUCGAUGAAAACAUGUGAUUUGAUCAACUCUUUGCCAAGGCCUCAUGCAAUAGCAAAGCAGCACUCGCCGAGCAGCCAGAGAGCGAUGGCGGCAACUAUGCCGAGAUCGAUG